UUUACUGCGUUGAUAGUUCGGUGAUGAUUAGAAUGGGCUAAACUUUGCUUAUAAUUUAUUUUUACAUUAUUUUUUUGUGUUAGGUUCAUUGUUAUACUGUGUUUGCACCUAGGAUAAGUUAUAUUAAACCAUUUUUGCAUUAAUGAACUAAAAAUUGUCGUUUGACAAUGUACCCCGGUUGGAAGAUUUAAUGGUCCGAAAGACUCCCAUAGCAAACAGCUUGCGAAGUGGAGAUUCGUGAAAAAACACUGUUUAGCGCAAGUAUAUAUUCUGGUUCCGAUUACAAGCGAUAAACUUUGGUAUUAGGGUUUCCGCAUUUAUCGGUUUUGUUGCUACAAGUGGAGUGGGAAUGCGGUUUGAGCAUCCGUGGGAUGCUGUACGUCUAAUUGCGACGAGGACCAGCGGCAACAUCUGAAGCGGACACGAAGUAUUACGCAAAAGUCAGCGAGCGCUGAAGGACUGCCUUGGAAAUCACCUUCAAAGAUGCAACUCUUUCAAAGCAUUGUGAUGACUGGCACAUUCUUCAGAACCACUAAUUGCAUGCUGAUGUUUCAACAGCAGAGGGAUAUUCCAGGAGUGCCAGGGACACCUUUAAUUUCACAACCAUGUAUUUCAAAUGACAUGAAGACCACACAGAAACUGCUGUUAAAAUGAGUAUUUGUGACCCACUGCCCGGAAACAGGAGUUUCUGCAAGAGUGGCUUAUAGAAGUCGUCAGUGAUCAAUAAGCACAAACUGUGCAGCUCCAAGAAAGUGAACCUGGGGAAGAGUGCUUCAAUAAUUGGAAGAUAACAGUACCAGAAACUUUCUUAAAUAAUAAGUAAAUCAGUUAUACUCACCUGUUUUGAGAGUUAUCACAAAGUUUUUGACAAAGAGCAGGGAGCAACAGAGACAUGGCUAAGUUUUGUGGUUACCCUGAUUAUAAAGCUGCACUUCAAUCAGCUGAUGCCAUACUUUGUGCACUUGAUGAUCUAUACUUAUGUGAGUUACAAUCGUAUGAUUCUGAUUUUCGUUUAUCAGUGGUGGAUCGUAAACGUUCUGAAUCACAGGGAGCCACUGUUGGGAGAAGAUUAGCAGUGUCAGGUCGCGGUGAUGAGCUUCGAGCAGCUAAUGCAUUGCUUAUGUUAACUAGAACUGACCAUGACAUGAGGCGAGCUCCACCACGCGUGCAGCAAGCUGUACAGCAGAAUCCUUCAAAACUGGAAACCGUGCAACAGAGUCGCACUCAAUUUGGAACCCUGCUGCAGAGUUCCUCACAGACUGGGGAGACAAAUAGGAAUUCUCAACACAGAUCUGUGCAAUGGAAACUUGCACAAACUACUAAGGUACAGCAGAAUCAUUCACAUACAAGAAUGGUUCAGUGUAGUUCCACACAGACUGUAGCUGUGCGUCGAAAUCCUCCAAAGCAUCAGAUUACAAAGGCAAAUACCCCACAGCUUAAACCAGUUCAGUCUUAUACAACUCAAACUAGGUCAACACAGCAGACAGUGUCACACACACAGGCAAGACGACAAGGUGUGUCUCAAUCUGAAAUAGGAUUGUGGAACCCUGUAGAAGUGUUUGUGCAGCAUGGUUUUCCACACUCUGAACUCAGAAGGUGGAGACGUCCUAAAACAAAGAACACACAUGGCUCAUCACAAAAAGAAGCAACACAGCAGACUGCUGCACGGACAGCACCCAAACAAGACAAACAUCCACAGACUAAAGCAGAACAACCCAACUCACCACGAACACCAAUAUUGCAACAGGCUCUCUCACCUGAGCAAGAGAAUUGCCCACAGACUGAAUGGGAAGAUGUGGAUGUGGUAAUGGUACCAAUAAAUGAAGUUGUUCAGCACCUUGCACACCAAGAGGAAACAAUACCAUUACAAGUACAUACUUACAUCAUUAGUGCACUGCUGCAACAGUUGUAUCGGAAAGUCCUGGCUCAGUGCAAAAAUGGUACAGUAAGGCAACUAAUGUUGGAAAGAAGCUAUGAAUCUUACAACUAUUGUUACUCUGGAAACAUGCGUACAGCCAUUUCAGAGACUAACCCAGAGAGUAAAGAAUAUAGAGAGAAAAGCAAAGAUGCUGGUAACACUGUCACAUUUGGAAACUCUCCAAGGGGAAGAUAUAAUGAACGUUCUUCAGGUGUUCAGGAAGUGGAAGGCUGCUUCUCCACUGAAAACCGAACAAAACGGCGUGAAUUCGGGUUCUUUCAAGCAGGACCACCACUGAGUUCAUAUGGAGUUCCUCCUCAGCAGCAAUCUCAGAGAAAACUAUCUCGUUCAUCGAGCCAAUGCAACCGCCACACAGAAGAUAUGUUACAUUUACUUAUGGUACUGUCGGCAGCACUGCAGUUGUUUGGUGAUAGUGAAACUCGUAACCCUAUGCCUGAAAUCUUCAGAUGUUUGCGUGCAAAUUAUCCUCCACAAAAGCGGUCAACUGCUGUAUCCACUGAGGGAUUACAGGGCAAUGGAGAGGGAGGUCAGCAGCAGCAACAGCAUCAACAACAGAGUCAGCAACAGAAGAAACAGCGAUGUGCUAUUAAAAACAAGAAGCAAGAUCAGGAGAAAGGAGGAGACAGCUCUGGGUCACAAAACAUCAUCUCACAUCCAGAUAAUACAUUUUCUGGCAGUGGUCAUGCAGCAACAAGGGCUUCAUCUGGAGCCAUUGCCAAGGAAUUUGAUGCCCUAAAGUCCAGUUCAUCAAAGAAUACUAUGCCAUCAGGCAGAAGAGGUGUAGAACGGAAAGGAAAGCAGCAAAGCCACAGCUUUGCAGGUAAGGAUCGCAAUAAAGAAGAAAAUCGUGACAACAGUGGGAAACGAGAGCUGGGAAAUUCUCACAUGAGUACUCUGUACUGUAGUAGUGUGAGAGACAUAAAAGCAGAACAGCUGGAUAAGAUUCUUCGUGCUGCAGAAAGUACUAUUCUGGUUUGUGCUGACUGUGGGCCAAAAAUAAAGAGAACAAGACGCCAUGAAAUGGUUCGGGAUUCUCAGCAAGCAGCACAAAAAGGAGUAAUGGAUGGUAAACGCCAGGAAAAUUCUGGUAUGCCAUUGCCUCAGGAUCACUGUUGUGAUGAAGAGCCUGGUGAAUUGUAUUUGAUUGUGCCUGUACAGGAACGAAUUGAAGAACUUUGCAAGAUGUCAGUUGAGACACUGAUAGAGGAAGGCGUUAUUGCAGUUGUUGACCGGUCACAUCAGCAGAAUUCUUGCAAACAUGCUGAGACCACCACAGCACCCCAAGUGCCAAAGCUGAACACUACUGAAUCUGGUGCACGUACACAAGGUAGUUCAUGCACUCCAUCACCUAAGAUCACUAAUGGUUCUGUUAGACCACAUCGUACCACAGAACCUGCUAAUGCACGUACACGAGGUAGUUUGUGCACUCCACCAUCCAAAAUCACUAGUGGAUCCAGUAGACCACACCGUAACACAGAACCAGCUAAUGGACAACACAGAGAAACUGACCCCCGGGUGAAACAGACAAGAGCAACUGAUGCACGUGUGCCACGAGGCAAUGGCCCAGUUAGCUCCUCAAGUGUUCGGGGAAAUCCACCAACUGAAGAAAAAAAGGAACCAGUGACAACAGAUCCUUAUGAAAUGUUAAUGCAAGCACUUGAGCGCCGAGCUGUAGCAUUGCGCAAAGGUCGUUACAGGAGGCGUGCGGCUGAUACACGCGCACAACACAGUGGUGCCCAGAAUGUCUGUAACACAGAGAACCACAAGGACACACUGCCGAUGAAGCCUGCAUCACAGUGAGACUUACCAUUUGUUGAUGUCAGUUAGAAUAGGUACAAUUUCAUAUUACAUAAUUGGCUGUUUAGAGUGAUAACUGCAUUACAGAUGUGGCUGUACAUAUUUUCUUUUUUGUCCAAGUUUUGGUUGUAUGUUUCAUGGAUAAUUGGGCAGUAUUAUGUCUGGUACCCGUGUUCUGCUGUUUCAGUCCUGAAAUAUACUGCUUCAAUAACCUUUCCUCAUUAUACCCAUUUUGCUGUGCUCGAUAAUGAAUUUUUCUAUUGCAUAGCAAACAUGAUCUUGUUUCUUCUGUUCUGUGUGCUUAGCUUUCUAGUUUAAUUUGUAAUUUUAUUUCUUCAUUGGCUGUAGAUACCCUUAUGUAGGAAUUGCCAGCUUCAAAUAUCCUCUUAAAUCUUUGUAACAGUGUAUAUAGUGUCCAUCACAGAAGUUCUCUUUCUUUCUUUUUUAUUGCUCUCUGUGCUGCCACUCGGAUUGUGUCCUCUUUAAAAUAGCAUAUAAUAGACACAAGAUGAAAGGUCAAAAUAUACAAAAGUUGAAAAAGUCAGAAAAAAGGAAGUAGCAUGUUUUGCUAAAAGUUAAAGUAAGAUACUGGAAUGCCUAAAUAGAAAGAAAGAAACAUUAUUCAUUCUAUUAUAGUUGUUAUAUGAACUUGACAUUCUAUGACACUGCUAAUACAAUUUGACAAACAAACUUCGUAUGAAAAAGCACCUAGCCUGCUUUUUCUUUCUCCUGCACUUGGAAAGAAAACAAUGUGAGUGAAAGAGGUGGGGAGAUGUGAGUAGGCUGCCCACCUAAAAUUCCUUAUCACGAUAUAUCCUCCACAUGCCAGAAAAGCUGUAGCCCUCUGGUAAUGGGUUCAUCAUGACAUUUACAAUAUUCAUUUGAUGGUACCAUCUUCAGUCUUGAGUACUUUGUUUUCCACAAGGAAACAAAAGUAUCAGAAUUUGAGAAAUUAUUUGGAGUAAUAGGAAGUUCGUAGGGUUCUCCUGUAUUCCUCUCAUUAAUGAGAGCUCAUUUGGAGCCUUUCUAAAUUCUCAUAAAGAUACGAACUUAUUAAAGCAGACUAUGCUGUAAAAUCUAUUAUUAAAGUGUAUGACCACUGCUGAGAAGUAAGCAGUUUCAUUGUUAACCAGUAGUAGACUUGUCGAAUGUGUCAGUUGUAGUUGGGUGUCAUUUGUUUUAAGAUGAUCUUUUGUAUCUGCACAAUCUUACUGCUUAUAUCUGUUAAUGAAACCUAAUUCGCUUGUGUCUGAUCAAUCCUGCUGACGUAUGCGAGUUGUUUGCCUGUCCACGUCUUUUGUCUUUUGUCUUUUUAAGGUUAAUCAUAUCUUGAUGUGACUAUAUCUGUGGAAAGUGUAAAGCAGCAUAAAUAUCUUUUAAAGUGUGAUUUGUUGGAAGACAUUCUGUACUGAAGCUAGAGGUCACAGUUCAGAGAGAAUUUUCAGUAUUAAAUGUAUGUAGUGAUCAUAUAUUAUUAAUGUGAAAUGUCUGUCUUUAUAUAAAGUAAUAUAUACAGAUAAACUUUACCUGUUCCUAUGUAUGUUAUGAUUUUUUGUCGUUUAUUAUUAAGUGCUUGGCUAAUUGUGGUAACUCUGAAAGUGUAUUAAUGUGUCCUUUACAUACUUGGCUAAUUCAGAAAGUGCAUUGAUGUACCCUGCAAGUGUUUGCCUAAUUGUAGUAAUUCUGAAAGGGUAUUAAUGUAUCCUAUAAGUACUUGUCUCAUUGUGGUAAUUCUGAAAGUGCAUUAAUGUAUCCUGUAUGUAUUUGGCUAAUUCUGAAAGUGCAUUAAUGUAUCCUGUAUGUAUUUGGCUAAUUCUGAAAGUGCAUUAAUGUAUCCUGUAUGUAUUUGGCUAAUUCUGAAAGUGCAUUAAUGUAUCCUGUAUGUAUUUGGCUAAUUCUGAAAGUGCAUUAAUGUAUCCUGUAUGUAUUUGGCUAAUUCUGAAAGUGCAUUAAUGUAUCCUGUAUGUAUUUGGCUAAUUCUGAAAGUGCAUUUUUGUAUCCUGUAAGUACUUGGCUCAUUGUGGUAAUUCUAAAAGUGUAUUAAUGUACCCAGUACAUAUACGAUUAACUCUGAAAGCACAUUAAUGUAUCCUGUAAGUACUUGGCUCAUUGUGGUAAUUCUGAAAGUGUAUUGAUGUACUCUGUAUGCAUACGAUUAACUCUGAAAGCGCAUUAAUGUAUCCUGUAAUUACUUGUCUCAUUUUGGUAAUUCUGAAAGUGUAUUAAUGUACCCUGUACAUACACGAUUAACUCUGAAAGCGCAUUAAUGUAUCCUUUAAGUACUUGUCUCAUUGUGGUAAUUCUGAAAGUGUAUUGAUGUACUCUGUAUGCAUACGAUUAACUCUGAAAGCGCAUUAAUGUAUCCUGUAAUUACUUGUCUCAUUUUGGUAAUUCUGAAAGUGUAUUAAUGUACCCUGUACGUAUGUGGUUAACUCUGAAAGCACAUUAAUGUAUCCUGCAAGUACUUGACUCAUUAUGGUAAUUCUGAAAGUGUAUUAAUGUACCCUGUACAUACACGAUUAACUCUGAAAGCGCAUUAAUGUAUCCUUUAAGUACUUGUCUCAUUGUGGUAAUUCUGAAAGUGUAUUGAUGUACCCUGUAUGCAUACGAUUAACUCUGAAAGCACAUUAAUGUAUCCUGUAAUUACUUGUCUCAUUUUGGUAAUUCUGAAAGUGUAUUAAUGUACCCUGUACGUAUGUGGUUAACUCUGAAAGCACAUUAAUGUAUCCUGCAAGUACUUGACUCAUUAUGGUAAUUCUGAAAGUGUAUUAAUGUACCCUGUACAUACACGAUUAACUCUGAAAGCGCAUUAAUGUAUCCUUUAAGUACUUGUCCCAUUGUGGUAAUUCUGAAAGUGUAUUGAUGUACCCUGUAUGCAUACGAUUAACUCUGAAAGCGCAUUAAUGUAUCCUGUAAUUACUUGUCUCAUUUUGGUAAUUCUGAAAGUGUAUUAAUGUACCCUGUACGUAUGUGGUUAACUCUGAAAGCACAUUAAUGUAUCCUGUAAGUACUUGGCUCAUUGUGGUAAUUCUGAAAGUGUAUUAAUGUACCCUGUACGUAUACGGUUAACUCUGAAAGCGCAUUAAUGUAUCCUUUAUGUACUUGGCUCAUUGUGGUAAUUCUGAAAUUAUUCACGUACCCUGUAUGUAUUUGGUUAAUUCUGAAAGUGUGUUAAUGUAUCCUGUAAGUACUUGUCUUAUUGUGGUAAUUAUGAAAGUUUAUUAAUGUACCCUGCAUGUAUAUGGUUAACUCUGAAAGCGUGUUAAUGUAUCCUGUAAGUACUUGGCUCUUUGUGGUAAUUCUGAAAGUAUAUUAAUGUAUCUUGUAUGUAUGUGGUUAACUAUGAAAGCUCAUUAAUGUAUCCCGUAAGUACUUGGCUCAUUGUGGUAAUUCUGAAAGUGUAGUAAUGUACCCUGUAUGUAUUUGGUUAAUGCUGAAAAUGCAUUGAUGUAUCCCGUAAGUAAUUGGCUCAUUGUGGUAAUUCUGUAUGUGCAUUAAUGUAUCCUGUACUACUAUAUGGUCAUAAACUAUAAUUGCAAAAC